AUGAUGCGCGGCCUCUCCAAGGCUGCCGCCGUCUUGUUGGCGCCAGCGCUGGCGCUGGCUCAUGGCCCUCAUCAUCCUCCUCCCCCACCUCCUCCCCCUCCCAUGGGAUUUCUUCCUGACGCGCUCGAUGUAACUCCCUCAGCGUUUGUCACUCUCAAGGUCCCGUGGGGAGAGAGCGAGGCAUACCCUCUGACUCUCAGGCUCGACGUGGAGGAGUCAGAAGAUGUCUGCGGACCCGCCAAUGUCCGCCUCAACGGCGAGAAGCUGACCCAGGACGCGGCCGGACACGGCGUGGGAUCCUUCUACCUCAACAACGACACCAUCAUCUCGGCCGAAUGGGAUUUUGAGUGCAUCGGACCCCGCGAGAUGCCCUUUGCCCAGUCCCUGCGCUUCAACGUCCGCGCCCUCGACGACAUGGCCCUCUCGACCGACGCCUCCUUUUGGAUGACUUUCAAGCAGACGGCCCCCAUCCGCAUCUCGGACGUUGGCAACGCGGCCUACGUCUGGAGUCUGUCUAUGCCCUUCGCCUCCAAGGAUGACGCUCAGGUCCCGGUCGAGAACGAUGACGACACCAACGCGCCUCCCAUCUGGGAGCACCCGCACUACGAGUUUCAGGACCCCGAGGAGGAGCUCCAGGUCGAGCUGAUGGAGCUCAACGCCCUGCACAAGCAGAUCCUCGAGCUUGAGAGCCUCGUCAAGGAGCGCGAGGCCUCCGUGUCCAAGAAGCUGGGCAAGAAGUACCCUCCCCCGCCGCCCUCGACCAUGAAGAUGAUCAAGCAGUGCGACGGAGUCAAGUGUGUCGUGCACACCCUUACCGACAAGGUGAAGCACACGGCUCAUAGACUGUACGGAAGCAUCUUUGGUCACCACGGUCCUCACCACCCCCACGGGCCUCACCACCAUGGCAACGGAACGCAUCACGGCCCGCCUCAUCAUCCUCCUCCUUUCCCUGGAGGUCACCCACCACCUCCUCCCAUGUGCAUGCCCUGCGAGUGUGCGCCUCACCAUGGACCCCCUGCGCCACCUCCCCCUCCCCCGCGAAAGCCCGAGCACCCCCCUGAGCACCGACCUCAUGAGGGUGGAAAGGAGCACUCAAUGGCUUCGGAGCAUGGACACCACGAGCACGGUCCUAACCACCACCACGAUGGACCUCCCCCUCAUAACCCCAUUGUCAUGAUCUUUGGUAUGGGAGCCAUCGCCCUGGCCAUCUUCUGUGGAAUCUGCAUCGCCUGGAUCCACCGUCGAGUAAACCGUCUCUCUCCCGAGUCCCGCCGGGCCAUCCGCCGAGCCCUCCGAAAGGACCGCCGCGCUCGCCGAGCUUCACGACCCACUUCGGCCUUCAAGGCCGCCAUCCGUGCAUUCUUCACCCACAACGACGAGGACGAGGAGAAGGAGGCCAUGCUCCGAGAGGGCCGACGACGAAGGACUUCUUCCGCUGGCAGCGUGACUAUGGAGCAGGAAAUUGCUCAGUUCCGUGAGGCCGCUUACAUGGUCGAGGGACUUGUCACCGCCGAGGAGGGCCGCACUCACUAUCACCCUCAACCUCACUCCUACGCCCCCGCCGUCCCUCCCCGUCCUCCCAUGCCUCCUCACCACACCGCCGCCACAGCCUACCCGGGCUUCGUCGUCACCGACGAGAACCUGCCCUCAUACGACGAUCCUCAACACGACGCCUCGGUCGUGACCGACGGCUGCCGAUACACACCCGGCAGCUCCGACUACACGCCAUCCAACACGGCUUCCAACGCCGAUAAUGUGCUGGGCGAUUCCAAACACUAA